GCAUGCGCGAGACGCAGGCUGGGCACCGCCAUUUUGGCCGGCGGCCGUAGGAACACGUUGUGUUCCUGACAAGUGAAGGGGAGAGCUGAUUUGGCCUCUGUGAGCCUCUCCGCAAGGGGAUCGUUUUCUCCAGAAGACCUGGAUAUUCUUACUUUCUUCGAAUUAUGGCGGAUAAAUUAACGAGAAUUGCUAUUGUCAACCAUGACAAAUGUAAACCUAAGAAAUGUCGGCAGGAGUGCAAGAAGAGUUGUCCUGUAGUUCGAAUGGGAAAAUUAUGCAUAGAGGUUACACCCCAGAGCAAAAUAGCAUGGAUUUCUGAAACUCUUUGUAUUGGUUGUGGUAUUUGUAUUAAAAAAUGCCCCUUUGGCGCUUUAUCAAUUGUCAAUUUACCAAGCAACUUGGAAAAAGAAACAACACAUCGAUAUUGUGCCAAUGCCUUCAAACUUCACAGGUUGCCUAUCCCUCGUCCAGGUGAAGUUCUGGGAUUAGUUGGAACUAAUGGUAUUGGAAAGUCAACUGCUUUAAAAAUUUUAGCAGGAAAGCAAAAGCCAAACCUUGGAAAGUAUGAUGAUCCACCUGAUUGGCAAGAAAUUUUGACUUACUUCCGAGGAUCUGAACUGCAAAAUUACUUCACCAAAAUUCUAGAAGAUGACCUAAAAGCCAUUAUCAAACCUCAAUAUGUAGACCAGAUUCCCAAGGCUGCAAAGGGAACAGUGGGGUCUAUUUUGGACCGAAAGGAUGAAACAAAGACACAAGCAAUUGUGUGUCAACAACUUGAUUUAACCCAUCUAAAAGAACGAAAUGUUGAAGAUCUCUCAGGAGGAGAGUUGCAGAGAUUUGCUUGUGCUGUCGUUUGCAUACAGAAAGCUGAUAUUUUCAUGUUUGAUGAACCUUCUAGUUACCUAGAUGUCAAGCAGCGUUUAAAGGCUGCUAUUACUAUACGAUCUCUAAUAAAUCCAGAUAGAUAUAUCAUUGUGGUGGAACAUGAUCUAAGUGUAUUAGACUAUCUCUCUGACUUCAUCUGCUGUUUAUAUGGCGUACCAAGUGCUUAUGGUGUUGUCACUAUGCCUUUUAGUGUAAGAGAAGGCAUAAACAUUUUUUUGGAUGGUUACGUUCCAACAGAAAACUUGAGAUUCAGAGAUGCAUCACUUGUUUUUAAAGUGGCUGAGACAGCUAAUGAAGAAGAAGUUAAAAAGAUGUGUAUGUAUAAAUAUCCUGGAAUGAAGAAAAAGAUGGGAGAGUUUGAGCUAGCAAUUGUAGCUGGAGAGUUUACAGAUUCUGAAAUCAUGGUGAUGUUAGGAGAAAAUGGUACUGGUAAAACAACAUUUAUAAGAAUGCUUGCUGGAAGACUUAAACCUGAUGAAGGAGGAGAAGUACCAGUUCUAAAUGUCAGUUAUAAGCCACAGAAAAUCAGCCCCAAAUCAACUGGAAGUGUUCGACAGUUACUACAUGAAAAGAUAAGAGAUGCUUACACUCAUCCACAAUUUGUGACUGAUGUAAUGAAGCCUCUGCAAAUUGAAAACAUCAUUGAUCAAGAGGUGCAGACAUUAUCUGGGGGUGAACUGCAGCGAGUAGCUUUAGCUCUGUGUUUGGGCAAACCUGCUGAUGUCUAUCUAAUUGAUGAACCAUCUGCAUAUUUGGAUUCUGAGCAAAGACUGAUGGCAGCUCGAGUUGUCAAGCGUUUUAUACUCCAUGCCAAGAAGACAGCCUUUGUUGUGGAACAUGACUUCAUCAUGGCUACAUAUCUUGCAGAUCGAGUCAUUGUUUUUGAUGGUGUUCCAUCUAAGAACACAGUUGCAAACAGUCCUCAAACACUUUUGGCUGGCAUGAACAAAUUUUUGUCUCAGCUUGAAAUUACAUUCAGAAGAGAUCCAAACAACUAUCGGCCAAGAAUAAACAAACUCAAUUCAAUUAAGGAUGUAGAACAAAAGAAGAGUGGAAACUACUUUUUCUUGGAUGAUUAGAAUGACCUGAGAAUAUCAAAAGCCAUUUAUUAAAUUUACUGGGAUUUUUAUUGUAUAAAACUGUUUUAUGCCCACAUACCGUUGAGCGUGAAGUACAGUUUACUUCAUGUAACAUCAAAAGCUAGCUGUUGUAAUUUAGUCAGAACACAAAAAAUGGCAUUUUCUGUUCUUGAUUAAGGCCCUUUAUGUGCAAAACAUUCUAAAAUGGAGACAUUUCAAGCUGUACAAAUUACCUCCAAGUUUUCAUGAUGUAUGAGAUUUCCAAUUAGGUGUAUUAUAUUCAUGUACCAAAUGCUGACCAGUGUUGCGCCCUUUGAAAAAUCUUGAAAAAGGUUCUGUAAUUGCAUGGUUUGCCAAGUAUGCUAGUAUAAUGGAACUGCCCUUAUUUUAAAAUCCAGUUGAAGACUCCCCUGAUGAAAUUUAAUAAAUAUCAGGAUUAUGUUUCUUUUCAGUCUUUGCACUGUAUUAUCUUUGUGUUUAGACUUUCAAAGAUUAUCUACUACAAAACACAGUUGAAAAAUGGCAAUUUGUUAUAAUUUAAGCAUUGUUUUACAAUGUUUUUGGUGCUUCUGAAUAUCAAAAAUCAUUUCAACACCCCACACACACACCUGCCCAGGAAAAAUAUCGUUAACUGUCCUUUGAAUUACUCAGUUUUAGCAUUCCAUAAGAUUGUAUAUUCUGUGAUUAUUCUCAAGGUAAUACCAUUUUUUAAACACAUUUACAUAAUCACUAAUCAAUACUUAGGAAGAAGUAUUUUAAGGAGUAUUUCUGCUACAAGCUAUAAUGUUUAUAGAGUUGCUGCCUAAGCAUGUAUUUUUAAAACUUCCACAGAUUUCUGAUGGGCAGCCAGUUGACUGAGCCACUUACCAAAAGGCAACAUUAAUGCACACAAGUCCUAGAUAGCAAAAGUAUCCCUUGGUACUAAAUAUAUUCAUUUCUAAGUUUGGCUGUAGGGGUAAAAAAACUUUUAAGUUUUGGAUAGUGUGUAGCAAGACUUCUAAAAACUUACCCAAAUCUCUUUUGAGUUCCCGAGUUUGAAGGGUGGGAUACUCAUAGUAUGGAAACCACUCUCAAUUCUACUUGUGAAUAAUGCACUGAACUGGAACUAAUUGAUUACAAGUGAGGAAAAGCAUUUACUAAAUAAGCUAAUGGAACAAGCAAAAUAGAGGAGAAACUUAGAAAUUAAUGGACUUUUAGAGCUCCUUGAAACAGUUUUAAUAUGCAAACAUUGGAUAUUAAGUCUGGUUUAACUGGGUUCUUCUUGUAGGCCUUUUUAAAAAGUAAUUUGUUAUUCAUAAAUACAUGUUCAUUUUGAAAAACUCAAAUAUACCCAUUUAUAGGAAGCAGUUACUAUCACCUUUCACAUUACCUUCCCAACAGUUACCAAUGUUUGUGUUGAGCAAUAUCUUUUCAUGUUUUUUUUCUGUGCACUUACCUAAGUGUGUAUAUGUAAAGGGUUUGUUUUGUACAUAAAUGAGAUUAUACUCAAACUAAGUAGUGCCUAUUUUUAAGGAUAGGUUAAAUUUGUGAAUGAUUAUUUCAAAUAUAUUGAAUAAAAUAAGGUGAAAGUUA